AUGGCCGCGGUCCCCCGGUUGUCCCGCUGUGUGCCCGCUGUUGUGCUGCCAGGGUGCCCCGGGCGCUCCCCCGUUGCGACCUGGGCUUAUGCCGCGGGGGCCCGCACCCGGGGAGCCUCUGUGGGGCCUCGCGUAGCGCGGGGUGGGCGAGGAAUAGGGCCCGGUGUGCGCUGGGGGCAGGCGAGCGGGCGGGCGCUGGAUUCUUUGGGUCGCGGACGUCGCGGGCGAAUAAAAGAGGCGGGCGGGCGGUUGCGCCGUUCCUGCCGCGGGGGGCGCAGAGCGGAGCCGCCGCGGGACCCCGCGCAGAUGGAGCCCGGCGGGGUGUCGGUGUCGGCCGUGCUGCCGGCGGGCGGGAGCGGGGAGCGCCUGGGAGGCGCCACUCCCAAGCAGUUCUGCGUCGUGCAGGGGAGGCCGCUCGUCAGCUACGCGGUGCGGGCCAUGGAGAGGAUAAGUUGGAUAUCUGACAUUAUUGUGGUGGUCUCUCCUGAAAAUAUUGAAACAAUGAAGAGUAUAAUUGAAAAAUAUGGCCACAAAAGAGUUACAGUAGUAGAAGGUGGAAUAACUCGUCACCGGUCAAUUUUCAAUGGACUGAAAGUAUUUGCAGAGAAGGAAUUUUCCAGCCAUCUGCUCCAGAAACCAGAAGUAGUGAUUAUCCAUGAUGCUGUGAGGCCAUUUGUAGAAGAAGAUAUCCUUUCAAAAGUGGUUAUGGCUGCUAAAGAACAUGGGGCAGCAGGAGCAAUUCGUCCUCUAGUUUCUACUGUUAUUGCCUCUUCUGCAGAUGGCUGUUUAGACCACUCACUGGAACGUGCCAGGUACAGAGCGAGUGAAAUGCCUCAAGCUUUCUUGUUUGAUAUAAUCUACAAAGCUUAUCAACAGUGUACAGACUAUGACCUGGAUUAUGGAACUGAAUGUUUGCAUCUGGCUCUGAAAUACUGUAAAACAAAUGCCAAACUUAUUGAAGGAACAGCUGACCUCUGGAAGGUGACCUACAAGCGGGAUCUGUAUGCAGCUGAAUCGAUUAUUAAGGACAACCUUUCACAAGAAGUUUGUGUUAUUACCGAUGCAAAUGAAACUGUUGCACAAGUUGGUUUCCUCCUUCCUGAAUCUCUGAAAAGUCAAAUAAAAGUUGAAGCUGUAUCAAUAUCUCAAAGCAGAAAUGUCAGCCAUCUACAAAGCAUCUUUUCAGGACAGUGCUACAAUUUUGUUUGUGUAAAUGAUAAAAAGCGUGCCAUUCAAGAAACCCAGCAACUAGUGCAUAUGUUGGAAAAAUCAGAUAUUCCUCUCUUAUAUCCAGUUGUCCUUAUUUCGGUAUACCUGGAUAUAUCAGGAAAUAAUUCUUUCAGCAUUGGGAUGGAAGAACUAACAAGCAUCAAGAAAUUUGCAAGGGAAACUAAAAAGAAAAACAUUUUAGUUUACGGUCUCCUUAUCCAAUAUAAGGACCCUUCGUUUCUUCAGGAGACAAUAAAUUCUGCUGCUGCUCUUAUCAUGGCAUUAAUAAAGGACAGAAACCCAGACCUGAUUGGCCAGCUGUUGGUAGCAUAAGACCAUAAAUCAUGUGUAGCUUUUGGAAACAUUCAUUUUUCAUCAUCUAUUCACCAAAAGUCUUAAGUCAUUUUACCCUUUGAUUAAAACUAUGGAUUUAUGCCAUUUACUGUUAAGGUCCUUUAACAGCAUAUUUUUGAUACUUAAAAUGUAAGUCUGAUAUUAUGUAUAAGGUGUAAUAGGAAAUACAAAUAAUUCUGAGAUACACUGGGUACAUACUGUGAGGAAUGAUAUUGAAAUGUUUUUUAAGGUACUGAUCAUUUAAAAAAAGUGCACAUGGGACACCAAAGCAUUCAUGCAGAAUUUUCUUUAAACGUGUGUGUGUAUGUGUGUUGUACUCUAGGACUGCACGACUUAAAUUUUAUUUAAGAUAAAUUAAUCCUAAAGCACAGCUCAUCUACUCUAUAUGAAAUUAUUUAAAAAUUGCUGCUGUAAUAGCUAUCAGUGAAUGUAGAGUUAAUGAUAGAGUGUAACCUUCCUGACAUCAACAGAAACAGGUAUUGCAAGAAGUGUGGGAAGGGUCAGGUCCCUGUCCUCUGUGAAAUGAAGGUAACCUCAAAUCAAAGACAAGACAUGCGUGGGGACAACAAGGUGCUAAACCCCAGUUUUCCAGAUGCAGCAUGCUCUGGCUGUAGCCCCCUUGAUGCUAUGCUUUUUCCUGUGCCCACGGGCCAUCAUUCAGAACUAGCACCACUGAGUUACUGUUGUGCACAUACUCCGUUUUUGCACGUCUGUGUAUGUAUAUGCAUGUAUGUGUGUAUGAAUGCUUAAAAGGUGAGAAAAGGGUUAGGACCGAAAAAAAGUUCCCCUACCCAAUCUAUAGG